CAGUCCGAUUAUUGUAGUAAAACGAAAUAAAUUUCAAAUAUCGUUUGUCAGUUAUAGGUUUUAUAAACAGGUUUUUAUGUAUAAUGGACUCUUAACCUUCAAAUAUUGUGUAAAAUCCUUUCAUAAUUAUCAACGCAAUUUAUAGUUUUUUAUAUACUGCCAAUAAAAGUGAAGAAGAUAAUAGAGUUUACAUGGAUAAAACUUCUCCAAAACCCAACAUGAAACUUGGUGUUAAAUUUAUGCCUCUUAUCAUUACCGCAAUAGUCCUUAUCCUUGUAAUCAUCACUACAUUUUUGGCUUUUUAUCAGAACCAUAUUUCAGGAGGUCUACCAUAUAUCAGUGACACGGGUACAAUUGCCCCAGAGAGUUGUAUUUUUGGACAAUUCCUAAAUAUAAUAUGGAUACUGUUCUCAUUUUCCAUGUAUUGCAAAUAUUUACAAGUCAAAGACAUUCUACUUAAACAUAAUAUGUCAUACGAAGAGAAUCUGAAUAGAAAUACAUUCAUAUUGGGAUUAGCAGCUUCAUUUGGAGUUAGUAUUGUUGCUAAUUUUCAAGAAACAAAUUGCUUCAUAGUGCAUUGGAUUGGAGCAGUGAUGUGCUUUGGAUUAGGAUCGCUGUAUUUAUGUAUGCAGACUAGAAUAUAUUUACAAAUAACUCCAGUUAUUGGACAACUUCUUCAGACAAAAAUAAGAAUAUUAUUGUCUGCUUUAUCGGUACUAACAUUCUUAGUCUUUUUCAUAUGUGCUAUGAUAUCCUACAAAAACUUCGCAGGUGAUAGCUAUCUGCAUUGGAAACCAGAAGACGGUGGAUACAAUUGGCACGUUACUAGCACCACCUCAGAGUGGCUUUGUGCUAUAACAAUGAUGUUUUACAUAGCUCUAUUUAAAGAAGAGUUUCAGCAUAUGAACAUUCACGAGCCUAUUAUCGAUACGGGAAUUGCAAAAUUUCAGUCUAAACGAGAUUCCCACCCCGUUCAAGUUCCGGAUGAAGAGAAAUAACUGCAUAUUUCUAGUUAUAUCAAGAAUUAUUGUGCUCGAAAAACUAUUGCAUUAAGAGUGACAUUAAGUACAAAUAACCGCGAUCAACAAACUUUUUUCUAGCACACGAAAUAUACUGAAUUUUGAAUGUACUAUGGCAACCAAACAAUGAUAUAUCAAUGGAAAAAAAUUGACACUUCUGGUAUCUUUGUGAAAUCAAGACAUAUAUUUUAUUUAUUAUAUAUUUCUUCAAUUUAUUUGUUUCAUGUUUUUAUCUACUUAA